AUUCAGAAAUAAAGAGCUUUUAAAGAAAUGGUUGGUGAAACUUCGGAGAAAGUCUUUCACGCCCACUGUCAACAGCUACGUAUGCUCGGCGCACUUUGAAGCUGACUCAUUUCUGCGAGGAUACCAAUGUAAGAAGUUGAAAGAGGAUGCCUUACCAACCAUAUUCAACUUUCCUGAUCAUCUCAUCAAGUGAUUGAAGUAGACUAACUGGUUCAACAAACAUGUCAGAUAAAGAAGACUCAGACGUUAUGGAUGUUGAUGAUCAGAUUGAAGAUGGUGAAAUAAAAAAAUCUGUUUCGCAUAAAAAGGAAGCAUCAGAGUCAAAUUCAAGUAUGUCCGACGAAGACCAAACAGAAUCACUAGAGAUCAAACCACCACAGGCUCACAUUCACAAGUCUAGCUCCUCGCACUCUAGUCGCAGAGAAAAGUCUCAUUUGUCGUCUUCUUCAAGUCGCAGAGUUCAUACUUCAUCAUCGUCCGGUGGACAUCGUAAGAGUCAUCAUCAUUCCAGAUCUCACAGAGAUGAGAGGCGACGACACCACAGGGAGAGGGCAGCGGUGAAAGAAGAACUGAGCCGCAGAGGAGGGGGAGGCGGUCAUUCUCGCAGCUCGAAGGAGGAGAAAGGAGGAGAGAGCGGCUCGCGCGACGCCUACAAAGAGGAGAAGGCCAAAGAGGAGAGAAUGCUGAUGAGAGAGGAGCGACUGCGUGAGGAGAGGGGCAAAGAGGAGAGGAGACAGCAGGAGGCGGAGGAAUUGCAGCACCAGAGGAGGUUAGAGGCCGAACUGAGAGAGAAGCUGGAGAGAAAGAGACAGCAGCAUCAUCGACCUGAAAAGGAGCGCGAGCGUCAGGAGAGAGAUUUGCGACGAGAGCGUUUUCUGGAGGCCGAACGCGUGAAGGAGGCUUAUCGCAAAGACACCGAGGAACGGCGGAUGCGGCGGGACAGAGAGAGAAGUCGCAGCAGAGAGAGGACAGAACUGGACCGUGAUCCGUCCGUGUUCAUGCUGCCGACCGACGAAGAGAUCAAACUGAAAACAGCGGAGGCGGCUGACGAGCCGGGGGCGGCCACGGUUGCGGGAACCGCCGGUGCGGGGGCGGGAACGGGAGCGGCAAAUCUGGUGGUGUUGUCGGAUGACGAGUCGCUUUCGCCGCCGGGGGCGGUUGCCGUCGCCGCUUCCACCGCCCCCCCAGCUGCCGCCCCCAAGGAGGCCGACGCCAGCAAUGGAGGUGGCCCCAGGGAGGUAGUGGAGGAGCAGGAGGAGGGUGAGGCCGAGGAGACCAGUGAUGACACCGACUCUAGCACCGACUCCAAUCAAGGUGAUAGCGAGGAUGGAGAGGAUGAGGAGGAGGGAGGCGGCAGAAGACGGGUGCUGGAGGCGUCGCCGCCCCUUGCCGCCAUCGAAGACAUUCCGCUGGAGAAGGACACGGGACUGCCACCCUACCUGCCCGCCAUCCAGGGAUGUCGCAGUGUCGAGGAGUUUCAGUGUCUCAACAGGAUAGAGGAAGGAACCUAUGGAGUUGUAUAUCGUGCAAGAGAUAAGCGUACUGAUGAAAUUGUUGCUCUGAAGAGACUCAAAAUGGAAAAAGAGAAGGAAGGCUUCCCCAUUACGUCUCUCAGAGAGAUAAAUACUUUGCUCAAGGCGCAGCAUCCAAACAUAGUAACCGUUAGAGAGAUUGUGGUCGGCAGUAACAUGGAUAAAAUAUUCAUUGUCAUGGAUUACGUUGAACAUGAUCUGAAAUCCCUGAUGGAGACAAUGAAACAUAAAAAGCAGGUCUUCAUUCCAGUGGAGGUGAAAUGCCUGAUGACACAGCUGUUGUGCGCGGUGGCCCACCUUCACGACAACUGGAUCCUGCACCGCGACUUGAAGGCGUCUAACCUGCUGCUGAGCCACAAGGGGGUGCUCAAGGUGGGCGACUUUGGGCUGGCGCGCGAGUAUGGGUCGCCGCUUAAGAGCUACACGCCCAUUGUUGUCACCCUGUGGUACCGGGCGCCCGAACUACUGCUCAACACCAAGGAAUACUCGACCCCGGUGGACAUGUGGUCGGUUGGCUGCAUCUUCGCCGAGCUGCUGUCGAUGGAGCCGCUGUUUGCGGGCAAGUCGGAGAUCGACCAGCUGAACAAAAUCUUCCGCACGCUGGGCACGCCCAACGAGCGCAUCUGGCCGGGCUACUCGAAGCUGCCCGCCGUCCAGAAGAUGACCUUCGCCGAGUACCCGGUCAGCCAGCUGAGGGCGCGAUUCUCGCCCGCCGGCCUCACCGAUGCCGGGCUCGGUCUGCUCAACAAGUUCCUGACGUACAACCCGUUGGAGCGCAUCACGGCUGAGAAGGCGGCCAAGCACGAGUACUUCAGUGAGGCGCCGCUGGCCAUCGACCCGGCCAUGUUCCCUACCUGGCCGGCCAAGUCCGAACUGGGCCAUCGCAAGGCGCAGGCCAGCCCCAAGCCGCCCUCUGGUGGCCAGAACUACAAACAGCUGGGUGAUACUGAUGAAGGAUUCCACAUGGGAUUGGUCGAGCGUAGUCGAAAUGUAUUGGGACCUGGUUUCAGUUUGAAAUUUUAGAAAUUUUCAUAAAUAUUGUUCUUUAACGAAUGAAACUAUGAGAGAGUGUAAGUGGUGAGUGGAGUGGGAACUACUGUGCUUAUUCACAAUAUUGUAUCAUACUUCAUAAUGAUAUUAUUAUUAGUUGAAUUAUUUUAAAACUAUCUUUCUCAGUCAUUUUUGUUAUUAAUAGUCUUAAAUAAAGUAUUCGCCAGUGAAAAUUAUUUGUGAUCAGGAUUAUGAUGUUCUAUAUAUAUAGUAAUAUGAGUGAUCUGCCUGUUGCAUUCAAAUGAGUACCUUAAUAAUGAAAUAUAGAAUAAAAUAUUGAAUUAUGUGGUUUGUACAGACUGUUCGAAAUUUCUAUUAAAGUAUUCAACUGCUCAGUGUAU